GCCGGAGCCGGAUGUUGGCGCGAGAUCGGGAGAGAGGACGGUGGGAGCGAUGAAGCCGGCGGUGGACGAGAUGUUCCCCGAGGGUGCGGGCCCUUACGUGGACCUCGAUGAGGCUGGAGGAAGUACAGGUCUAUUGAUGGACUUAGCAGCCAAUGAAAAGGCAGUGCAUGCAGACUUCUUUAAUAAUUUUGAAGAUAUGUUUGACGAUGAUGAUAUCCAGUGAAAUUCAUCUUCUAGCUAUGCCAUGCUGAAUACUUAAGUUUUUGUUGUAGAGGCAAACUGUGCUCAGAACAGAAGGAAAAUGUGAAUAUUGUCCCUGAGACAUGGAAGAACCCUUUGAAAAGGCAAACGAUGGAUGAUGAAGAGAAUUGUGGAGCUGUUUCUCAUAGAAAAUGGGUAGAUGUGCAGUUUUUUAGCUUGCUUCAAUAAAAUCUAAACAAUCCUUAUUCUGGAAAUUUA